GUUUUAUUAAUUUAUUUUUCCAGGCGAAAAUGGCUGCCUCUCUCAUCUAAACCUCUGCUUAAAGGAUUAAAUGAGCAUGUAAUAGAUGCAAUAAGCAACAGGAAUCGCAGCUCCGCUUCAAGAGGACCCUCCUGGACGCCAGGUUGUAGUUAGUGCAGCUUCUUCACAAAGAUGUUGUGGCUGCCAGAGGACGAAAAUGUAUGCGAACCGAAAUUAACCCUUUCCAUCUAACAUCCACAAACAAAUGAGAAAAUGAUGCAUCAAGUGACCAGCAGCAACAGUGACUAUUGUCUGAGUGGACUGGCAGAGGACUGUCACCCAGCCAGCCACUUUGAUUUAUGUAGCACACAAUCCAACAAAUUCUACCCCUCUCCAACAACCCCUGGUUUGCAGCUGUCUCUUGCCGGCCUUGCCCCUUUGCCACAGGGCAUGCACAAAGCCAUGAUAUGUCAAAUGCAAGACACCCAGAGCGACUUCCAGGCUCAGACGGUGAGAAUCAGGGGCGGUGAUGCUGCAGGGCCCGAUGGCUCCAAGAAGAAGAAGGGUUUAGUGAAGUCGGGGCGGAGAGGGAGGCCAUCAGGGACCACGAAGUCAGCUGGUUACCGUACAAGUACUGGGCGUCCACUUGGGACGACUAGAGCAGCUGGGUUCAAAACCAGCCCAGGGAGGCCCCUUGGUACCACCAAAGCAGCAGGAUACAAGGUCAGCCCCGGCAGGCCCCCCGGCAGCAUCAAGAGCCUGGCUCGGCUCAAGAAGCUGGAGUUUGGUUGUGACAGCGCCAAGAAAUUUGACUUUAGCAACUGCAGUGUUCCCAAGAAACUGGACUUCACCAGCUGUGAUCUUCCCACUUUUCCAUACGCCAUGAUGGAGAAAAGACCCCUCUGUGAGCCCAGUGGCAAAGUGGAUGAACCCAGCGAAUGCAGUGCUUGAAAAACAUUUGAGUGCAUGAGCAAGAAGAAGUUUAGGAAAAAACAUGUCCCUCAAAUGUUGGAGGAAAGAACUUUUUUGCCAUUUAGAAAUGGCUCUGAGUGUUUGUACAGUGUUUGACAUUGUCUUCAUCUUCAUCAUAAUAAAUGACUGAAUUAGAAGUAUGUUAUUCCAGUUUGGCAGAGAUGCAUGCGUAUGAAUUAAUCACACCAAUCAGUAUAGGCAAAAAAUGUAUUUAUCAGUUUGUGGUUCAAACCUCACUAGAGAGUGAAUUUUUUUUUUCCCUCAAGCAUUUUGUUCCUCUGAGUUGUGACUUCUUUCUCUGCUUUUAACAUUUCUAUGGCUGGUUUCUUGUGACAUUUUCUACAUUUAUAAAAAAUUGUACUAACAGCUGAUCAAAUCGGCUUUUUUCCUGAGCAUAAAUAUGUGGAUGUGUAGCUGUCCUUUCUGUGUUCAAUAUGUGUUUUAAUUUGUGAUAUUAUCCUGCAUCGUACCUAUAAUGGGGAACACUGCAAUAUAUUUUUUGAAUUAGCUUGAACUGGUAAAACUCAAUGCAUAAUAUUCUUUUGAGCACAGUAUUUGUUAUUUCUGCACUUUGUGAAUAUAAUUUCGAUCAUGUAAUGUAGCAGCCUGUUUCCGUCCCUAAACUCACUAUAAGCACUUCCAGAUUUACAUGUAUGUUGUUAUGCUGUUUAUUAGGAGGGUGGGGGGGACAAACUUAAUAAAACAGAAAAAAAUGCUUUGUGGUAUAUAUAUGUAAUAAUAAAUGCUUAUGUACUGUAUGUGAAACAAAAUAAAAUACAUUUCUUUUCCA